AGAGAGAGAGAGAGAGAGAGAGAGAGAGAGAGAGAGAGAGAGAGAGAGAGAGAGAGAGAGAGAGAGAGAGCUGUCUUCGUUUCUGUGGUACGAUCUGUGUUCGUCGUCGUUCUGUGCGAUGGCAAUGGCGGCCUCGUUGGGUGUCGGAGAAAGAAGGAGAAGGAGACGAAGAGGGGAAGGAAGAUGCAAUCUCCAAGGCAGCAGCAGCAGAGGAGGAGAAUGGAAUGCUCACCAGGUCGGCGGCGCCAUUCCCGGGGUGAGGCGGUUGUUUCGUGAUGACGAUUGGUGGAUGAUUAUUAUGUCGGUGGCGGUAUCUUUUUGCUUUAUUCUGUUACAUUUCCCCGAACCGUCGUAUGCUGGUGCUUUGUCAGGCAGCAUCGACGUGAGCACUAUCAACUCGUUCAUGAAUCUCAGCUGCGGCUCCGUUGGCCACAAUGUGAUUGCUCUCAAGUCUUAUCUCUACAGAUAUGGUUACCUCCCCUCAUCAUCAACUAGGGGAAGUAUAGGAUCAUCGGCUACACCGACCUCCAUCGCCGCUAUGAUUGGUGGGUACGAAGAGGGUGUGGAGGCGAUACCCUCCUCCUCCUCCUCCUCCUCCUCCUCUGCUACGAUGCCAUCAUCUUCCUUGUUAUCGGUAAUACCGAUGGCGUCUGAAUCUUCAUAUUUGCGAGGAGGAGGAGGAGGAGGAGGAGGAGGAGGAGGAGGAGGAUGGGGAAGAGGUGGUGGAGGGAGUCUUAGCGGAGAGGCCAUGUUCGAUGCAGCAACUCUGUAUGCUCUUCGCAAGUACCAACGGUUCUUUGGACUGAAUGCGACGGGAUGGGUUGAUCCGAAUACCCUCCUCCAAAUGAGGAAACCAAGGUGUGGGUUUCCUGAUAUAGUCCCAGAUUCCCAAUCGGACAACGUGUCGCCGCAAGAGGGUGACGUCAUGGACUACAGGUUCUUCCAAGGCAAUCCCAAGUGGAUGAAAACCGACAUCUCCUUCUUCAUUAGGCGGCCGCUGACUCCUGAUACAGAUGUUGAUGGGAUGGCAGCAGACGCGAUCCGAAGGGCAUUCCGGACGUGGGCCGCCGUGGUGCCGCUGAACUUCACCGAGGUAUUAGACUCCGAGUCGGCUGAUAUCAAGGUCAGCUUCGAAGAGGGGGAGCAUGACGACGCCUACCCCUUCGACGGACCCUUAGGCGUUCUGGCCCAUGGGUUUAAACCCCCGUACGGGUUGCUUCAUUUCGACAGGGCGGAGACGUGGGUGGGUGACGUGUCCGGUCCGGGGGUGCCGGCGACCGCCUUCGACGUCCAGACGGUCGCCGUCCACGAGCUCGGGCACGUGCUAGGCCUCGGGCACACCAACAUGCCCGACGCCGUGAUGUACCCGACCAUUGACGCGCUGCAGGAGAAACGCUCCCUCGAUCUGGACGACAUCUUCGGGAUCCGGACGCUGUACAUGCGCAGCAACGCGGAUGACACCUCCGUCUCGUCGUCGCGAUCCCGACCGGCGGCCUCGGAGAUCAAUUACGUCUGCGAAUGCUCGGCCUUGGAGAACGGACUGUACCCGUUUCCAGGGAACAACCUCGACUGCCGACGCGGCUGCCUGUGCAUGGAACACCAGGAGACGGUGCUCCUCUGUCCCGGCGACACUCGUCUGGCUCCUGACAGCCUCUGCUACAGUCCCGACUUGUUUGUCGGGGCCUGCCAUCUGACGACCACGGCCGCUUGGGGCAGCAACCUGGAGCAGGCCGGGGCGCGCCUUAAUCGCACCGCUGUGGCAGUCACAACUGACGAAGCCGUGAAGCCGCAGAUCGAGCACGUUGCCUUGUCGACGAAUAGCGAUGGCAGCGAGGAGGAGGGGGGGGGCGAGAAAGAUGGGAGAAUCAGUAACGGGGAUGGAAACUUCUGGGCAUAUCAGAGGGGUAUCCUCGUCUACGCAGUCAUCGCGUUCCUUGCUCUAGUCCUCUUCUCUCGAGUGCUUUGCUACUUUACAGACAGAUUCAAGAAGGACAGAGACAAGAAGACCUAUGAAAACCGAGGAGGGCAUUGUACUUGCCACGUGGGCGCCUUUCCACCCUGCGAUUGCGAUGUCGUUAAGGCUGUUUGAUCCGUCCGAACGAUCUAGUUUAGUCGAUCAAAUGUUAAUCAAUCAAUCAAUCAAUCAAUCAAUCAAACAAUC